UGAAUUUCUCCAGGACAAUUUCCCAUUUUACUUUCCCCGCCAUUUGUUUCCCCUUUCCCUUUACUCCCCCAAAAUUUCUUCCUCCGAAUUUUAGGGCUCCGAACCCUCUUUAGCCCGCUCUGCAACUUCAUAAGUCAGAAUCUGUCCUUCCUCAACUUGCUCUCUUAAUGCCCUCCCCCUUCGAACUGGAAUUCCUCCGGUUAGUCCAGCUAUGAGCAAUCCGGCUGCUAACCCCGGCGGUUCUUCUUCGGGCUUCGGCUCCCAAGGCGUUGGCCUCUCCAACACUAUACACUCGGAAGUUGCGCCAUACUUGCCCUUACCAUCGCUCCCGGUGUUCUGCGGCGCUUAUGAUCCGGAACUCCGGCUGUUCGACGACCGCGGCGGUGGAGACCUUUGGUACUUGAAUCGAAAUGAAAUUGUGGCUCAGUCUGCUAGAAUUGCCAGUAUGCUUGGCGAUACCGAUGUUUCCUACCUCCACCUUAGGAAUGAUGUGAGGCCGAUGAGUUUGGAUAAUGUGGUACCUUUGGAACUUCAUGACCAGAUUCUACGGCGCAAUCCUGAAGCAUAUGAGCAUCCCACUCAUGCCUUGGAAAACAAGCCUGUUCAUGUUGAGCCUAGCAACCUUGUUCCGCCUAAAGUGCAAAAUGGCAAUGAUCAGCAAAGCCGCCAGAGUAGCUCUACGCCUAAUGAUACUGAUUCAUCUAUGAGAAAACCAAAAGGUAAGAGGAAAGGCAGUGUGGCACCAGUGUCAGUAGAAGUGAGUGACCCUUCUGAGCUUGAACCAAGUGACCCUUCUGAACUACAGGAUGCUACUAUUAGGAACUUCUGUGAUAUACUGGAGGAAUUCUGUGGCAAAGCUGAAGUUGCAAAUGAUGAACGGGAUGAAGUGGAUUGGUUGGCGUUACCUGCUAGUGAUAUUAGAUUCCUUGUUAAUGAAAUCAUGUUACUUCGUGGAAAGAAACUUCUACAUUUGGUCCCACUUGAGGCCCUUGUAAGAUUGUUACAGAUUCUAGACCAUCAGAUACAUCGAGCAGAAGGCAUAUCAAUAGACCAAUUGGACCAUUCGGGCUCAGAUGCAGUCUCUUACGUCUUUUCUGCGUUGGAGUCUAUCCAUGCAGCUCUAGCUGUAAUGGCUCACAAUAGCAUGCCAAAACAGCUCUACAAAGAAGAGCUCAUUGAAAGGAUUCUGGAGUUCUCUAAGCAUCAGAUAUUGGGUAUUUUGUCAGCUUAUGAUCCAGCAUUUCGGGCUUUGCACAAGCCAAACGAACCCGAAGCAUAUGAAGGUGAUGAGAAUGAAGACCCUGAGGCUGAUUACUGUCGAUCAGGCAAGAGAAGGCGUGUUCAGAAGAGUGUGAAACUAAAGAAAUCAGCUUACAAUAAGGUCAACAGUGCCAUGAAUACAAUUCUACAGAAACUUUGCACUAUUAUUGGUUUAUUGAAGGAUCUGUUGUCGAUAGAGAGGUUAUCAGAUAGUUGCAUUUUACAAUUAGUGAAGACCAGCUUUACAACACUUGUGGUUGACAAUGUUCAACUCCUGCAGCUGAAGGCAAUGAGCCUACUUUGUGGGAUAUUCUUGUCAUACACACAACAUCGAUCCUAUAUUGUUGAUGAGUUGGUUCAGCUGCUCUGGAAGCUACCUGUCUCAAAGCGAGCCCUCCGAUCCUAUCACUUGCCUGAUGAAGAUCAAAAGCAGAUUCAGAUGGUCACUGCUUUGCUAAUUCAAUUGGUACACAGUAGUGCAAACCUUCCUGAAGCUUUAAGGCACGCGACGACUGGUCAUUCCAUCCUGGAAGUCUCUUUGGAUGCUACUUACAUCUCUAAAUGCCAUGAAGCUAUAACGGAAACAUGCUGUCUUUUCUGGACUCGUGUACUUCAGCGAUUUACGGCUGUGAAAGCUCAGGAUUCUGCUGAACUGAAGCUUCUCAUGGAAAACCUUGUUACAGACUUACUGACCACUCUGAACUUACCUGAGUACCCUGCUUCAGCUCUCAUUCUGGAGAAUGCUGGUCUAAAAUCCAAGGAUGUUUCUGCGCGAUCUAUGGCAAUUGAUCUUCUUGGCAUGAUUGCCACAAGUUUGAAGCAUGAUUCUGUCAGUUGCCGCCAGGAGAAAUUUUGGAUCUUACAAGCAUUAGACAGUGAAGAUGACGUGGGUUGUAGUUUCCCAAAAGAUGCAUGCUGUGUUUGCUUAGAUAGAAGAGUUGGGAAAGCACUGUUCAUGUGUCAAGGUUGCAACAGAUUGUUUCAUUCUGAUUGCACAGGUGGCAGAGAAUGUGAAGCCAAUCAGAAUUGGCAUUGUCAGAUUUGUCUGUGCAAGAAGCAGCUUAUGGUGUUACAGUCAUUCUGUAACAUGCAGUGCAAAGAUAAUGGGAGAGCAAACAGAUAUGGAUCUGCUAAAAGUUUCGAAACUGCUAAUAUGGUCACAAAAAUUGAAAUUAUUCAACAGACGCUUUUAAACUUCCUCCAAGAUUCUGUUUCUGCUGAUGAUAUGCAUCAGUUCAUCGGCUGGUUCUAUAUGUGCCUUUGGUACAAGGAUGAUUCAAAAUCUGAGCAGAGGUUGACUUAUGACAUCACGAGGCUAAAAUCAAAUCUUGUUGUGCGUGAUUCUGGUACUAGCCAUUCCAUGCUAACGAGGGACUCGAUGAAGAAGAUUACGUUAGCACUGGGACAAAAUAGUUCUUUUGCUCGAGGGUUUGACAAAAUUCUUCAUAUGCUUCUGGCAAGUUUAAGGGAGAACUCUCCUGUAAUCAGGGCCAAGGCACUGCGAGCUGUCAGCAUUAUAGUAGAAACUGAUCCAGAGGUCUUACGCGAUAAAUCCGUUCAAUUAGCCGUAGAGGGAAGAUUUUGUGAUUCUGCAAUUUCUGUUAGGGAAGCUGCAUUGGAACUGGUAGGAAGGCAUAUUGCUUCACAUCCUGAUGUUGGCCUGCAGUACUUUGAGAAGGUUGCUGAGAGGAUCAAAGACACUGGAGUUAGCGUCCGAAAGAGGGCCAUCAAAAUUAUCAGAGAUAUGUGCACUUCAAACGCCAACUUCACUCAAUUUACGACUGCUUGCAUUGAGAUAAUUUCUCGUGUUAGUGACGAUGAAUCAAGUAUUCAGGAUCUCGUCUGCAAGACAUUUUUCGAGUUAUGGUUUCAGGAACCUUCUGGUGUGCAGACAACGUUUUCUGGGGAUGGUAGUUCUGUACCUUUGGAGGUGGCUAAGAAGACUGAGCAGAUUGUUGAAAUGCUGCGGAGGAUGGCGAAUAAUCACCUCCUUGUCACUGUUGUUAAGCGCAACCUAGCCCUUGAUUUUUUCCCCCAGUCUGCUAAAGCUGUUGGGAUCAAUCCCAUGUCACUUGCAUCUGUUCGCAAGCGAUGUGAGCUAAUGUGCAAGUGCAUACUAGAAAGGAUACUGCAGGUGGAGGAAAUGAAUAACACUGAAGAGGAGGUGCAAACUCUGCCAUACGUGCUGGCCUUACAUUCAUUCUGUGUGGUGGAUCCAACCCUUUGCGUGCCAUCUUCUGACCCAUCUCAAUUUGUUGUCACGCUGCAGCCUUAUCUUAAGACUCAGGUUGAUAACCGAGUUGUUGCACAGUUUCUGGAGAGUAUAAUCUUCAUAAUUGAUUCAGUACUUCCCUUGAUAAGGAAGUUGACAUCAAGUAUUGUUGAAGAACUCGAGCAAGACUUGAAACAAAUGAUCGGGCGGCACUCAUUUUUGACAGUGGUGCAUGCUUGCAUCAAGUGUCUGUGUACGUUGAGUAAGGUUUCUGGAAAAGGGGCUAGUGUUAUUGAAUUCCUCAUACAGGUUUUCUUCAGGCGCCUUGAUGCUCAAACAAUUGAGAACAAACAGUUGAUAGGCCGUUCUCUGUUCUGCCUUGGGUUGCUUAUUCGAUAUGGAAAUCCAUUGAUUAGUGGGUCAAGUAGCAAAAACAUUGAUGUUGGAAGUAGUAUCAGCUUGUUCAAGAAAUACCUCAUAAUGGAUGACUUUAGUGUGAAAGUCAGAUCUUUGCAGGCUUUAGGAUUUAUCCUAAUUGCUAGACCUGAAUACAUGCUGGAGAAGGACAUUGGAAAAAUAUUGGGAGCAACUUUGUCAUCGAGUUCUCAUGUUCGCCUGAAGAUGCAAGCUCUGCAAAAUGUGUAUGAGUAUCUUCUGGAUGCUGAAAGCCAAUUGGAAACCGAUAAAGCCAGUAACGAUGCUCAAAAUUCGGUUGGAGCUGGUCAAAGGGUGGUACCUGUUGCUGCAGGUGCUGGGGAUACCAACAUCUGUGGUGGGAUUAUCCAGUUAUAUUGGGAUCACAUUUUGGGAAGGAGCUUAGAUUUGAAUGAGGAAGUUCGCCAGACUGCACUGAAGAUUGUCGAGGUGGUGCUCAAGCAAGGUCUAGUUCACCCUAUUACUUGUGUUCCCUACCUCAUAGCACUUGAAUCUGAUCCGUUAGAGUCGAACUCGAAGUUGGCACAUCAUCUAUUGAUGAAUAUGAAUGAGAAGUACCCAGCCUUCUUUGAAAGUCGAUUAGGCGAUGGUCUUCAGCUAUCGUAUUCAUUCAUGCAUGCUCUCUCUUGUACCUCUAAUGAAAAACCAAACCAAAGGCUCCCACCUAAGUCAGCUGGGAAUUCCAAAGGAAAGUAUGAAACUGGUGCUCUGACUCAGGCUAGGCUCGGAGUUUCUCGGAUCUACAAGCUUAUUCGUGGGAACCGUGUCUCGAGAAAUAAAUUCAUGUCUUCAAUUGUGCGCAAAUUUGAUAAUCCAGUCCGUAGUGAUUCAGUGAUUGGCUUUCUACUGCACUGUACCGAAGUGCUUGCUCUACUGCCAUUCACUGUUCCGGAUGAACCACUGUAUCUCAUUUAUUCUAUAAAUCGGGUGAUCCAAGUUAGGGUUGGGGCACUUGAGGCAAAUAUGAAGGGGCUAGUAUUGCAUCUGGCAGAAAGAGCUGCACGGAAAGCUCACUAUCAGAAUGGGUUACUUCAGGAAGAAGCAACUCAGCUCAGUGUCGGACAAGUGGGCUCAAUGGACUUGAAUCACAUGGCUAAGGAAGAAGAGCCAGUUGAUCGAGCACAGUCCAAUCCUUUGAGAAAUUUCGAUUUGAAUGGAACGUGUAAAGACGAGCCACCUGGCCAUUCAGUCUCCACUUCAAGUGAUCCAAAUACGACAAGACAUAUGAACAUAGUUGAACCUUGCAGCCUCUCCCAGGAUGAUAUAAACAGAAUCCAGGUAACUCACCAGUCUCUGUUCCUGUGGUUGAAACAGGUUGAUUGUCUCGCUGCCACUGCUUUGCAGCUUCUUCUGAAGCUGAAGAGGCACCUAAAGAUUGUGUAUGGCCUGAAUGAUUCCCGCUGUCAGGUCUUUUUACCGAAUGAACCCCCAAAACCUGGAGAGAAUCUAUCCAGGCAGACUGUUCCUUUUGAUGUAAGUGAUGUCCGGACUAGCUUGCCCACAACGUAUCAGGAUCUGGUACAGCGAUAUCAGGACUUAAAAAAUGCGCUGAAAGAAGACACAGUGGAUUAUGCAACUUACACAGCAAACAUCAAGAGGAAGCGCCCGACUCCUAGGAAGAAACCCGGACGAGGAGCGCCAGCUUCCCAAGACAUGUAUGAUGAUGACGAUGCAAACUUGACGGGUGGCAGUGCGGUCAGGAAGCGGACAACUCCCAGGAAGAGAAUUGGGCGCACAUUGGCCGAUGACAUGGACGAUGACGAUGAUUAUGACGAUGCAGACUGGAUGGGUGGAGGCAGGAGGUUAACUGGUAGCAGCACGAGAGGGAACAGAUCAGCAGGCAGACAGCGAUGAUUCUGAUGAAUAGGUAUUGUAUAUACGAUGAAAUAGCAUAUGCAUAUAUAUGCUAACCAGUGUACAUGAAGUUUAGUUGGCUACAGGGAAUAGAGCUAUAGGUGGGAUAGAUCUUUAUUGUAGAAUGACAGGAGAAGAGAAAGGAAUAGGGACUUUUAGGUGGAAAUGCUCAGAAAGCAUGAAGAAACAUGAAGAUUGUUUCUUCUUCAGAGUAGUUUGUAACUUGUAGCUGUAGCUUUCUGCUGCUGUUUCCAUCUUGUAAUUUUUUUGUCCAGAACAGUUUUAACUGCCGAUUCUUUUCUCGAAAUGAAAGUCAAGGAUUUGAUUACUGG